AUGGCUGCGGCUCCGAAGCGCGUGGGGGGGGGAGGCUGCCAUGGCGACCGCGCCGCGCCGGGCUCGCCAGUUUCGCGCGCCUCGCCCACCGCAAUGGAGCAAGGGCGCCUCUCUCGGCAAAGCCGGCGGCAAAGCGGGAGCCCGGCGCCUCCCUCGGCCGGCACGAAGCCCGCCGCCUUCGCCAAGAGCGCCGGGGCGGAGGACCCGGCCGAGGCCGACCUCGAAGCCGCCGUCUCCAAGCUCGUCUGCAGAGUGGGGCGCGUCCAGACGGAGGCGCGCACGUAUCUGCACUCGGCCAUAGGCUGCGAGCGGGCCAAGCGCUGGCGGGAGGUAACGGGCGCCUCUGCCUUCUCCCGGCUCGCUGGGGCGGCUGCCCGGGGGGCGCGAGAGCGCGCGUAAUGGCGCGCCUCUCAAAGCUGCGCGUGGUGAAUCCUUCGGGCUCCCCCGGUCGAAUCUGGCUGUGGAAACCUUCGGGGGAUUUAUGUUCCGGAUAUAAUCAUCUGGCUUGAUCCGCGCCAAAAAGUUUCACCCCAGUUUCCAUGUUGGAUGGGCUGCACGUUCGUUUGUGUGUGACGUAGGGUUCCAUACGUCAUUUCUCCAUUUUAAAGAGGGACGUCAUAAUCUUUAUCAUUUAUUUAUUAUUAUUAUUUAUUGAAUUUAUAGACUGCCCUAUACCCGGAGGUCUCAGGGCGGUUCGCAGAAUAAAAUCAAAAUAUAAAACCACAAAAUACAUAACCAAAAUAAAAACAACCCCCCCCCCAAAAACCCCACACCCCACAUUUUAAAAGGGCAUAAGUAAGAAUACAUCUUUCCACACUGGUUAACUGAUGCCUGUUUUUAACUUUUUAGUACGUUUUUACUGCAUGUUUUUAUCUAUUUCUGUUGUGAAUAGUUUUUGAUUUAUUAUUAUUAUUAUUAUUAUUAUUACCUCACCCAUCGUGGUUGCCCGGCCACUCUGGGCAGCUUCCAACAUAUAUUAAAAACAUAAUAAAAUGUUUAACAUUUUUAAAAAAAUCCCUAUGGAGGCCAAUCUUCAGAUGGCUCAGGGGUCGCCUAACUCCUAAAUCUGAUGAAAACGGACGUCCUAAGGAAAAGCAGGAUCAUUCCGGGAGGUGAAGCUUCCCACUGCUUUCUCGUAGCAGGGAAGAUGUCCUCACUCAGGGGGUCAGGUGGUUUGGCAUCUCGCUACCAAAAGCACACACACCACAAGCCUUUAGACUAAAGUUUAGAGGGAGAGAUGACAGUUGUUGCCACAGUGAUCCAUGCAAUGGUCAUCUCCAGGCUUGACUACUGUAAUUCACUCUACGCGGGGCUGCCCUUGAAGCUGUCCCAGAAACUCCAGCGGGUACAGAAUGCUGCAGCGAGGCUCCUCACGGGGUCUCUGCCAUGGGAGCAUAUUCACCCAGUGCUUUUCAAGCUGCACUGGCUCCCGGUGGAGUACAGGGUCAGAUUUAAGGUGCUGCUUUUGACCUUUAAAGCCCUUCACGGCCUAGGACCCUCGUACCCUACGGGACCGCCUCUCCUGGUAUGCCCCACGGAGAGCCUCAAGGUCCAUAAAUAACAACACCCUAGUGGUCCCAGGCCCUAAGGAAGUUAGAUUGGCUUCAACCAGAGCCAGGGCCUUUUCAACUCUGGCUCCGGCAUGGUGGAACACUCUGCCUCAGGAGACCAGGGCCCUGCAGGAUCUGAUUUCUUUCCGCAGGGCCUGUAAGACAGAGUUGUUCCGCCUGGCCUUUGGCUUGGAGCCAAUUUGAUUCCCUCCCUCCCUCUCUUUCUUUUUUCUUUUCCUUCUCCUGCGAUGAGGCUACAUUUUAAUAUUUUAAUGUUCCAUUAUUUUAAUGUUGUAUUUUAUUUUUGUUUUUAAGUUGUAAUCAUUCAUCUUGUUUUUAUUAUUGCUUGUAAGCCGCUCUGAGCCCGGCCUUGGUUGGGGAGGGCAGGGUAUAAAUAAAAAAAUAUUAUUAUUAUUAUUAUCUGGGGUGAAAAUUGGCAGGCUGCUGUUAACCAGGGAAAGGCAAAUGGUUUCUUUCUCUCUGCCUUAGGACGGGGGUAUUUCCCGCUCCCUGCUUGGGUUUUGCCACAGUUGUGCCACACUUUUUUCUCCCAACGAGCUCAAAGCUGCGUACAUGCUUGUUCCCCAUCUCAUUUAACCCCUACAACAACCCUAUGAGGUUGAUUAGGCUGAGAGAUUGUGACUGGCCCAAGGUCACCACCAGUGAGCUUCAUGGCUGAGCAGGGAUUUGAACCCUAGUCUCCCAGGUCCUAGUUCAACACUAACCACCACACCAUUCUGAGACACUAAACUUUUGCAUUCCUUUUAGAAUUACAGUCAUUUGUUUUCUUCCUUUGACACAAUGGUGUGGCCAGUGGUGAAGCUGCAUGCUCCGCUACCGGGGGGGCCACGCCAGCGCCCGGGGGGGGAGUGCAUGGUGCGUGUCUGGGGGCCCCGCUGUGAUGGCUCCCUCCGCACCCCCGUUCCUCCACCAGUGGGUGUGGCAGAGCUUGAGAGAAAUGGGAUGCCUAUUGUGAUUUUCCUUUGCUUUUCUAAUAGAACUCUUUUUGAACAAGUGCUUUAUAGAUGAGUCAUAUUGGAUACAAAUACACACUGUUGUGUAUAUAUAUAUAUAUGCAUACAUAUACACAAAUAUACACACAAUCAUAUUUCAUUCGAAUGAAUCUUGCAACAACAAAAAGGAGUGACUGCUCUGACCUGCUUUUUGUUUUUGAAACAGAAAUUUUGUUACUUGGACAUUUUCACCCCAGCUUGAGGUCAUUAUGCUAUUUUUAUUUUGUUUUCAGGCAAUUGAAUACUAUAGAAAGCUGCUAUCUUCCUUGAACAAAAUGAAGUUUCCUGCAGAAUAUGUUCCUGGUCAUAGCUGUAUACGGCUGGUAAUUUCAGUUUAGCAUUUAAAAGAAAAAUAGGACCAACACACACACUACUAAGCACACACUUGUGGGUUUGGCUGUAAAGCAUGGGUUGGUUUUUGAUUGACUGAUAUUUUUAUAAUUAGUAUGGUACCAAAGCUUCCUAUAGCUGUUCUGGCGGUUGUUUUGUUUUUACGGUAUCCAGGCAGCCCCCAGCUUACAUGUGUUCAAUAUGUGAGCGACCAUGUAUAUGUGCAUUGCGAUGAACCUGGAAGUGACCCAGAAACGUCAUAAGGAUGUCACUGAAACAUCACUAAAAGUAUGGAACGGGGUGAAGCAGAAUGGUGUUUGCAGGCUUUUUCAGUGGGUUUCAAUUAUACGUGAUUUCACCAACAUGAAACGUUCACCACCUUGAAAUGUAACCCCCGUGUAAAUGGGUAUGUGUGCCUGUAAACUAUUUAUAUUGUCUUUUAAACACUGGGGGAAUAGUCAUUCUUGAUUAUUAGUCCCAAUAGUCCUGGUUGCAUUCUUAUUUCAUAGCACAAAAUCUUCUAGUGGGUAUUACUCGUUAUUUUGAACUUCUGGGGCUGUUCUAAUCAUACCGGUACUAAAAUAUUAUAAAUAAUGUGCUAUCCUGGUUCUUUUAUUUUAGGUGUUUGAAACCUAUUAUCAUCUAGGUGUUGCUCUCCAAAAAUUAGAUUUGCACCGCGAUGCUGUGGAAGCGUUUACUAAUGCAAUAGAAGCUGCAAAUGUCCCCAAGGUAUGGAACUUCCGUAACAUUUGUAUUAUGUGUACAAUUUGUACGGCGGUUCUGUAUUGUAGGGAGAGAAACAUAUUGUUUUCAUUUAAUUGUUACCUUUUGAGAAGUUUAAUGAAUCAAAGGAAUGCAUUUUUAGAUGCAUUGUUCAUGUACAUAAUUUUUAAAUAGCAUACUAUUCACCCCAUGAUUAGGAGGAAUUAGGUUAACAAGCUACUGUUGUGGUAACAUUUAACAAUUACUGUACAUCACAUGAGAACUAACACCUAAAUGAGUAUUUUGGCAUUUUAGCAAGAACUAAUUUCUCAAAAUGUUAGGAUAUUUUAUGCCGUAGUUAUUCCCAAACUUUUCCCCCCACUGACAAAUCGAAAAUUGCUCAGAGUCUUGGCAAAUUGCUUAAUUUUAUCUGCUUGUUGUACCAAUUGUAAUGUGCUAUGUUAGAAACUAUAUGAAUUGUAAUUGUAUCUUUAUUGCUUCUUUUAUUUAUUAUAUAUUUUAUCAUAUUUCAAUUUGAAUUCCAUAGAAUACAAAUUGUAGUGCAACAAAACACAAUAUAACACCAUUGUGUGAGCAAAUUUUUAUUUUGAAAGCAUGGUGCAGAGGAAAAAAGUUUGAGAACCACUGCUGUAGAGUCACUUAAGUAGUAUUGAUAAUGUUAUUUAGUAUGUUGAUUAGACGUUAUGUAGGCAUUGGGGCUCAUAGUUGUUGUUUUUUUAAGUAAGUAACUGUCUAGCUGUCCUAGAAAGAAAGUUGUGCAGCAAAAUGUGCAGAUACCCUUCUAAGCAAUUUCUUUGAAAUGAGUCAUCCUGGCUCCUCCCACCUGUCAGUGUUUCUAGCCAAUGAGUGAUGUGAGAGCUGUGAUUGAUAAGUGAGCACCAGGCAAUAGAAAUUCUUGUUGUUUUCUCCUCCCCUUUAGUGCCCUUUUCCUACUUCUGUCUUAUUUUCCAGGCCAUGAUAGUUUGCCUUCCCUGUCCCUAGCAAUCAAAAUGCAUCUUACUCUGAGAUCAGGUAGUCCCUAGAAGUUAUCUUCUGCAGAUAUUAGACAGAAAGUGUGGGUGGAUGUUUAGAAAUCCUCUUCCCUCAAAAAGGCAAAUGUGUAAACUUUGCAAAGAGCUUAGGCAUGUUUCCUGCUGUGCCAAACACCAGGUUUUCAUUAAGAAUUCAUUUCAUAAUUAACUCACAGUACAAUGGUAUACAUGCCCACUUAGAAGUAAGUCUCUUUGUGUUUAAUGGGGUUUCUCUCCCAAAUAAUCGGAUGCAUGAUGGCAGCCUAGGCUUGGUUUAGAGAUGGCAUUAUGGGAAUUUUUUGUGUGUGUGUGCCUUUAACAGCUGUAUGGUGGAAACUCAACAAGUUAAUCCUUUUCUAGAGAUGCAGUGAUAGGGGAAGCUUCACCACAAAUGGCAGCUGUUCCCCCACAGGAUCCUUUUUUAAAAAAAUGGUGCUACAUUGGCCACUCUCCAGUUCUCAGGUACAAAGGGAAGUAAUCAGAAUGAAUUACAGAUUUUGUUACAAGAUCAGCACUUUCACAUGUGAGUUCUUUAAGAACUCUUGGAUGGAUAACAGCUGAACGUGAUCAUUUGUUUAUAUUGAAUUUGUCAGUGAUACCUAAAACUUCAUUUUUUCACCAGUUCUGCUUCAGUUUUGCUUCAGUUCUUCAGACUUGCUCAGGGAUCUUCCGUACGUCUUCUUUAGUCAAGACAAAUGCAAAUAAUUAAUUCAGCUUCACUGCUGAAUCUCAUUUUCCUCCUUUAGCACCCCUUUAACUCUCUUGUUGUCCAAAGGCUGUACAAACUUAAUUCGUCCAAAGGCUGUACAAACUUAAUUCGUUCCGGAGAUCCGUUCUUAACCUGAAACCGUUCUUAACCUGAGGUACCACUUUAGCUAAUGGGGCCUCCCACUGCCGUGCGAUUUCUGUUCUCAUCCUGAGAUAAAGUUCUUAACCCGAGGUACUACUUCCGGGUUAGCGGAGUUGGUAAACCGAAGUGUUUGUAACUUGAGGUGUUUGUAACCCAAGGUACCACUGUAGUCCUGUUCAUACUUAUCUGGAGAUAAGUCCCAUUGCAUUAAGCAGAACACCCAGGUAACUACUGUUGAACUUAAUAUACUCUCAGACAUGCUUCUGCAUCUAGCAUUGCACUUUUAGUUAUGGAAAAAUGAGAGUGUGUAUUGUUUUGCCUUCAAAUUUUAUUUCUGUGAUCUAUUUAUACUUCAGAUUAAACAUAAGUUAUUAUAAGUGUUGUUGGUGCCUUUGUAGUUCCCAUACAAUCUCAUUAAAUUCUGUCUCCGUUCCUUUUUCUCUGCAAGGGAAUAAAUUGAUUUAUAUGAGCAUGCUGCUAAUGUUAUAGUUCCUUGUCUAGCCCCUUGGGUUCUAAUGUUUUUUAAACUCAGUACAAUUAUGGGAAACACUGCACUGGAAUGAUGACAUAAAUCAUCCCCAUAGGAGUCUGAACAGUCUGGGGAGUAAUCUCAUAGAACCCUGCUGAGGUAAAUAAGACCAGUAAUUUGAAAUAAAUAAAAGAGCAAUGGAGCUAAUGUGAAUGGCUCAAGAAUUCCAUUAGAUUCACAAUGGCAGUGUUUAUGUGGCAUAGCUGUGUAGAUCACAUUGCAGGGCUGUAUUAAAUAUAAUAAUAUUGCAGCUCACAAGAGUAUCCUCUUUUCUCCAGAGUGUCUGUCAUGUUGGCUGUGUUUCUGGAUCUUACUACCAGACACCUGCGUUUGCGAGGAGAGCUUAUGCAUAUGUAAAAUGCGGUAAGACAUAUUGCUUCUGUAGCCAAGCUCAAUAAGCAUUCUUGUGCAGGAAAGGUAAUAAGUCAAAUUGAAAUAUAUUCUACCCGCCUUGGAAUCACUAUGGAACAGCAUGAUAAGAUUGUAUUUUGAUACUCUGCUGGAAGCUGCCCAGAGUGGCUGGGGAAACCCAGCCAGAUGGGUGGGGUAUAAAUAAAUUAUUAUUAUUAUUAUUAUUAUUAUUAUUAUUAUUAGCAUAGCCGGGGGGGGGCAGAUCAAGUAAAACAAUAGAAAUACUUAACUAAGUGACCAAUCACGUUGGUUCUGCCCCUCCUAACAAAAGUCCUGCCCCCCACUCCCAUAACAAAAAUCCUGGCUACGCCCAUGGCAUGCAUCCUACUCGUGUCCAGUUUCUACACAUUUAGGCAUUGUGCACUUUCAGAUGAAUAUGUUUGCAUAGGACCAGUAGGCAUAAUCUCAAUUUUCCAUCCAUGUAUUGAUUCUCACGCAGUUGGAAUGUCUGCAUCGGGGGUUGGCAAAUUUUUUCAGUAGGGGGCCGGUCCACUGUCCCUCAGACCUUGUGGGGGGCUGGAGUAUAUUUUGGAGGGGAAAAAAUGAACGAGGGAUGAUGAGUGGCAUGCAAAAGGGCUCCAGAGAGGGACUGGCACCAACAAAGCCCAGCCCCCUCCCUCCUUUAGGCAGGGCAGGGAGAAGCCAGGAGGAGGGAGGGAGGUGCCACCGCCGUGUGUUUGAGGGAGGGGGGAGAAUGGCGCAGCCUGAAUGAUCAGAAUCAGAUCCAUUCUGAUCCACACAGCGAUUCCUGGACUGUCUGCAGGCCGGAUCCAGAAGACAAUUGGGCCAGAUCUGGCCCCUGAGCCUUAGUUUGCCGACCCAUGGUCUGCAUGGAGCUAUAAGAGAGCUCCAACAAUUCAGUAGCAGAGUACAUUGUCUGUCUGCAGGAGAUCCCAGUCACCCCCAUUUCCCAGGGUUUUGUUUUGUAUUGUUUUGUUAAAGAAAGAUAAGUAGCAGGUGCUGUGAAAGAUCUCUGCUUGAAGAAUGCUGCCUAUAUGAGCAGCCAGUGCUGAGCUAGAUGGAUAAAUAGCAUAAAGCAACUUCUUAUGUUCCUAUAUGAAUAGAAUCAUAAUAUGAGUUUGAUUUGUAUUCUUAGCUGCUUUUAGAGUGGACCUUCUGGUUUGCAGCUAUUUUUCUUAUUAUUAUUUUAAUUACCAGAGCGGUUUUUGGUAGUGUUACUGUAGAUUGACAAUGAUCAUAUGGAAAGUUGACCCUAAUAUCCAAAUAAGAGAAGAGAUUGUUUUUCUUUAGAUUUAAAAUAUACCUUCAUCAGUCUUUAAAAUGUAGACUUUAGAGCUAACCUUUAUCUUGUGAAACCUAAUCUUACAAACCAAAACACAACCAGUACUUCUUGAUGUGUAGAGCCAAGUAAUGGGGAAAUGGCUGUCUUUGUUAUAUGCCAAGCUUAAGUUAAACUGUGCCCAGUUCAACCUAGUCAUAGAGAAAAACAUUCUUGCCUGUUUAAGUAAAAACAAAUGCCUGCAGGCCAGUGUGGUGUAGCGGUUAAGAGCAGAGGACUCGUAAUCUGGUGAACCGGGUUCGCUUCCCCUCUCCUCCACUUGCAGCUGCUGGGUGACCUUGGGCUAGUCACACUUCUCUGAAGUCUCUCAGCCUCACUCACCUCACAGAGUGUUUGUUGUGGGGGAGGAAGGAAAAAGGAGAUUGUUAGGCGCUUUGAGACUCCUUAGGGUAGCGAUAAAGCGGGAUAUCAAAUCCAAAACUAAGACAUGUUUGUAUUUAUUUAGGAAAAUAAGUCGAAAAUCUUUCCUUCAGCACCACCUGUUGAAUAGAUUACUGUGCACGGAAAUCCAAUUAUGUGCCCAUUUAGGCAUGUAAUUGAUAGUUUACCUGAGCAGCAACAAAGCAAGAUGGCAGGUUUCCUGCAUUUUUUGCUUGCUUCAAACAACACAAUGAGCUGAAAGAACCAAAACAUCUAGCAGCGUUGAUAGAAUUUGCAUUGGAAUGGUUUACAUGGAGACAGACAACAGAGGCAGAUUUACACAUGUGCAUUCUUAAAUGGAUCAAGUAACUGCAUUAUCAGCAUUUUGAUAGAUUUAUGCAGGUGCAUUUACAAGUAAGUGGGAAGCCUUUUUUGUGCUUUGCCAAAGAUGCUGAAUUAUGGCUCAGAAAAGUGGUAUACAAAUUUAAUAGUAGUAGUAGUAAUAAUAAUAAUAAUAAUAAUAAUAAUAAUAAUAAUAAAGUCAUUCUCUGUGCAGGAGGACGAUAGCGGAAGGGGAGUAGGUGAGACCAAGGUUUUGCUUGGGCUUGUUCCAGCUUGUUUAAAUGUUUAGCACUAAACCAUUGAUUUUAGCAUUACAGUAGACCCUCCAGAUAUGAACAUAAUUUGUUCCGGGGGUCCUUACAUACCCCGGAAAGUCCACAACAUGAGGCACCACUUCUGCAUGCGGUGCGAUAGAGCGCUUCUGCACAUGCGCGCACGGCGAAACCCAGAAGUAUACACUUCCAUGUUUGCCGUGUUCACAACCCGAGAGUUACGUUACCCGAAGGUAACGUAACCUGAGGGUCCACUGUACGUGUCAACCAGUUGAAUGGCAACUCAACAUUUUCUGGCCCUACAGGUAGCCUUGUCUUUGGGUUUAGUAACAAAAUGUAGUUUGCGGUGAUAGAGAUUGGUUGCUUUCUAAAGUUAUCAUGUUGAGUUAUAUUAGUAACCCGUUUCACACGCCACGUUAAACAGUAGUUAAAAACAAACCAUAAUUUAAUGCAAAUGUACAGGAUUCUUGUGCAUGCUGCUGAGAAGUUCUCACUCUGCUCCUCCCCGUGGGUUCAUGGUUUGUUUCUUUCCAAACAAACUACUAGUGGUAACUCAGGUUGGUUCUUGGCUUAUUGCUUAUGGUUUGUUUGGAGAGAAACAAACCUUGAACCAGGUUCAGAUGUGGCAGCUUAGCAGGAGCAGAGGAAGAGGGAAGCAGGAACUUUUCACCAGCAUGCCCAAGUACAUAGUGCAUUCAUACUAAACUAUAGCUUGUUUUUAAUUAUAAUUAAAUGUGAUGUGCAAACCAGGCAUGUAUGUGCACUAAUGAAAAGCAGCAAGUUGAUAUAAUAUAGGCUUCCUCAACCUUGGCCCUCCAUAUGUUUUGAGACUACAAUUCCCAUCAUCCCUGACCACUGGUCCUGCUAGCUAGGGAUCAUAGGAGUUGUAGGCCAAAAACAUCUGGAGGGCCGAGGUUGAGGAAGCCUGAUAUAAUAUUUUGUGGUGGUUGCUAGUCAUAGAAGAAACUCUCUCUGCUGUGUUCCUAGGCAAAAUCAAAAAAGCAAUAUGUGAUGCUACAAGAGCUGUGGAUUUAGACCCCAUGAAUCCUGUGAGUAGUAAUGCUGUGGUUCGUGUAACUAUAGGAUUCGCUGUAUGUACACUUUAUACUCUUGUAGAAUUUUAAGAUUUUUGGUCGGGGAAAUUGUGCCAUAUUUUCUAAGAGGUAAGCCCAAAUAAAUAAAAUAAAUACACAAAUUUCUUUGCAGACUCAUGAAGAGUUGAAGCAAGCAUCCAUGUCCAAGGCCUCAGUUGCACAAAGCCAUUUCACGAUUUGAUAAAAAUUCCCUUUGGAAGAAGGACACUGGAUGCUUACAGUGUUUUGUAAUGUUUUAGUUUAUUUACAGAUAUACAGGUUGGGUAUAGGAGGAGGUACAUCUUUAACAUUCAUAUCAGCCAACCAAAUCUACCACCCUUCAUCUGAUCUCCAGAGAGAAGCAACUUUGAAUCUCCUUCUGCUGUUAGCUUAUAAAAACUCCUCUUUCUCUGUGUAUGUUUCUCUGUCUGUCUUAGUCAAAUCUGAAGCUUCAUUUGUUUCUUUUCAUACAGAGGCCUACAGUACAUCAUUCUUGACUGUUAACACUCCUUUAUUAGGACAGUUAACACUUCAGGAUUCUGGCGGGGAGUUGCCUUAAUCCACAUGGAUUGCCCUGUUCUCAGAAAUCUAACAGCAAGAUGUAUAACAAUGUAAAACCAUAUGCAGUGCUUACACUGGAUUAAUAAUACUUCCUAAUUCUGUGGUUCCCAAACUCCUCGCCCGCCUGCAGACCACUUGGAAAUUCCUGAGGCUCUUGGUGAACCUCUUAAUAUUUUUUUUGGUGUUCUACUUAUCAAAGCACAUACAUAAUUCAUAUUUUAAUAACCGUAGUCUUGCCUUUUUAGUGCAGUGGAUGAAUAAUCUCCCCAUGCUGGCAUCACCAUAGACCUGAGGCCAAGCUGCUGAGAAGCGCCCUUUCAACUGGUGAUUUUUUAAAGGAAAAAGUAGCAGUCUGUACCAGCACCAUAUUACAGAAAUCAAUAAAGACUGGGUCCUCUUUGCCCUAUGUGAUGAUUUGCCCCUUGUCAAAGCACUCUCUACCGCUAUCAUUGCAAUUGGUCCAUGCCAGGAUGAAGUCUUGAUAUUCUUGGUAGUUCUGCAGCCUUAACGUGGAUCAUCUGGAGCUCACAGACCACAGUUUGAGAAAGGUUUAAAAUGCAAUGGUGUGGCUUCAGUCAUAAUCUCACCACAGUUUGCAUCCACACUGGCUCUUAGUUAGUUUUUGGGUACAUUCCAAAGUGCUAGUUUUAACCUCUAAAGCUCUUCAGUUGGCUGGGUCUUAGCUAUCAGAAAUAUUGGACCUGCUCAUCACCUUAAAUCAGUGGCAGAGGCUCUUCUCUGUUUCCUCCUCUAUUUGGAGGUGAGGAAUGUAGAGAAGCAUAGAGGACCAUUUCUGUGGUCGUGGGAUGCCUGAAGAACAUCUUCUCUAGGUAUGUCUUCCUACUGUGGCGGGUGCUGGUAGAAGGAAGGCUGCUGUUCUCUUGUGCCUUUCAUUGAAGUGUUCCUUAGCUUAAUCAUUGUGCGAUUUGUGUUUGUAGAACUAUAUAUAUAUAUAUAUAUAUAUAUAUAUAUAUAUAUAUAGUUUUAUUGUAUGCUGUUUUGAACUGCACAGUUUGGAGUAAUGCUACCCUUGUAGCCUGUCUGUGAUCUACACAGUUCUCUCACCCAUUUCAUCUUUGUGGGAGGCCUGUGAAGUAAGUUAGGAGCUGAAAAGUAGUGACCUGGCGAGGGGCAGUAGUAAUAUGCUGAAGAUCCCAGGUUGAAUCCCAGGUAGAGCUGGGCAUUCCCCCUGAAAACCUAGAGAGCUGCUGCCACUCAAUACUGAGCUAGACAGCUAGACAGACCAAUGAUCUGACUGAUUAUAAGACAGCUUCCUGUGUUGACUUUCCUAAGGUGAACUCCAUCCCUGAGUGGGGAUUUGAACCUGGUAGUUUAAGUUACCUGUGGAUUUAAGCUGUGAUUUAGACAAAACAUCUUUUUUUCAGUUUUUGCUGACUGCUUACCUUUUUAUUUCCUAGGAUGUGUACUGUAUCAGAGCUCUUGCAUGGAGCUCAGCAAAAGAAAAAAUGAGAGCCCUUACUGAUUUGAACUUUAGUUUCAAGCUGAAUUCAUCUCAUAUUUGCACUAUGAUCUUAAGGGGAGCUAUUUUAAACUCCCUUGGGAAACUGCCUCCUCCGAAGAAAAAUAAAGAUCACGAAAAGGUAAAUGGCAUUGUCCUGAAACUUAUGGUUUUCAUUGGUUUGCCUCAUAAUUGCCUCCGAAGGGGCUACCAGAUGUUAUCCAAUUCUGAAAAAAGGUCUAGCACAAAAAAACAAACCACUGGACCUAUUAGUAUGUAAUUUGACAGACUUUAGCUACUUGCUAGGGGCUAUUCAGCUAUAGAUCUCACUCAUUACUGUCAAUAAGCUGGGGAAGUUAUAGUCAUAUAAAAAUAAUAAUUAUAAUAUUUAUAAUAGUGAAUAGUGAAUUGGAGGGCCACAAAGCUUUGUUUUUCUGAAUUGGGAUUUGUUUUGUGACAAAUUGGAGACUCAGAAAUUGGUUUCUACUGUCUCAGGCUGUUUUUUUCAGAAUGUUGAGUGGGAGUCGGAACCAAAUCUUGUGCUCGGUUCACACCUCUUGUUUCCACCCCUAUGAAUUUCAUGUUCUUCACCACACAGCUCCUCAUUGGGGGUGAAGAAACAAGCACUGUUUGUGAUUAUGUAUGAUUACUGUGACAUGGCAGACUAUAGUAAGGCUAUAGCCAGCAGUAGCAAUUUAAUACAUUCAGGUUAUCAUGUGAUAACUGUAUUUGCUGUGGAUAGAAUGUUAUGUAGCCUGGUUCUGUUUCCUUGUCAGAUAUUGAAAAUCUUUUCUCUCUGUGUGUAAUAUUAAUAAGACAGUGGCUGUGAAAUCUAUGCAUAAUUACUGGAACCCACUCACGUUUCUUUUCAGGAUUUCAGUGGUUCACACAAUCAUUAAAGAAGCCAUCUCUUGACUUCUAUGAUAUGAUUACAUUUCUAGUGUUUCUGUUCUGAUUAACUCUGAAAUUCUUAAGGAAGUGUGACAUCACCCACCCACUUGCAUGCUUUUUAAUUAAGUCCAGUGUUAUUCUCUGACAUAGGAAAGUCAAAUGCAGACUUUUCCCCACGAUGACAUGAUUUGAACAGCAUUUUUAUAUUCUUUACAAAAGCAUUAUCCUCUAUAUCUGGCGCUACAAUAGAUACAUCCCCACUUUUAAAUGACUCUAUACGUCUAUAUGUUACAUCCUUGAAGAAAAGCCUCCAUUGUGUUUGCCCAACUGCCCAUCUGUAGAACGGCUAGUAGCGCUGGCAUUGCAAUACUAAGAAAGGACCAAAUCAUCUGCUAUAGGCACAGCCUAAAAUAGUAUUUCCACUUAUUUUCAUCCCUGACAAUGAAAACAAAAACCAAGAACCUCUACUCCAGUAUCAAAUUCUGAGUUAUCCGGAUUCCAAAUAAAUAAGUCAAUUUACAGCAUUGCACCUUUUAGAAAUCCUACACGUGCUCUUAAUCAACCCUUAUAUUCCAGUGUCUAGUAGUACUGAUUUUUCUGAACACACCGGUACCUGUCUCUGAAGAUUAUUUAAUUGUUUUUGUUUCCCAAUAGGCAUCUGAUAUUUCCUGGGAAAGCAGGAAUUUCUUUGAUGUGGAAGAUUUUUAUAGUCCGAAAAUUCCUUCAUUCUAUGAUAAGUGAGUAGGAAUGCAAGCAGCUGCUGCUGCAUGCAGUAUAAAAUUGCAUGAUAGCAAAUGCAAACUAUUGGAGGGGACGCUGUGCUUUUGAAAAGGGCUUGAAGUAGCGAAGUAAUCUCUUUGCACUUGUUCAAUUUCAGUUUGUAUCUUCCACUGUAGUUGCAGCAGUACUGUACUUCGCAGAGAAACUGGAUUUCUCCUUCAGGGCAAUUAAAAACAACAACCAGGAAAAGCCAUUUGGGGAAUGACCGCUCCCCGCUUAAAACGGGGGGCGCCCUUUGCGUGGAUGCGCGCAGCCCCUAGAUCUGGAGCGGCUCCAACAGCAUAGGCUUGGUUUGCCUUCCCUCAGGUGGGAUACCUGGAGGUCUCCGCCUACCUCAGUCAGUUGUCCAAUCCCACCUGGGGGAAGCAUUGCCAAGGAGACCAGGCCAGGUAGGGGAGGGAUUACCUGCCCACACAAUAGAGGGAGGAUCUUACCUGGGAAUCCUCACUUGGCUCCAGAGCUUCUCCCACCCUACCCACCCUCAGUUAAUGUCUUAUUUGCAGGUUAACUUUUCUUCACAGGUUUUGCAAGUUAACUUUUCUUCACAGGUAUGCGGGCGCUGCUACGUUAAGGUCGCUGUUAAAGGGCCAGAAAGGAAUUUCCCUGCAUUGGCAGGUUUCGCCUUUCCCGUAGCAAAACGUCACAACUUUGGCGGUAUCAGGCCUUGGGCGGAAUCCUUUAGUCCAUCUUCCUCUUUGCGGCGGCGAUACCAGGGUUCCCCAUUAAAGGGGUUUCUGAAGUGAGGCUUUGACCGUACGCCGAAAGGUCGUCAUUGCUCUCCCCUGCGGUGGCGGCGUAACGGGGGCGGCUAUCUCUGCUUGAACAUAUAUUCUCCAGAGCCGGCCCAUCCCCCGCACAAACACUGGAUAACCCUGAUGCUCCCUAGGUCCCCGGCUGGGGACUGGGGAGGGAGAACGCCCAAUGCCUGAGCCAAGGUCUACCCACAUUUGAAAUUUAAUAAAGUUGUGGCCAAUUUAAUCCCAUAGCACGUUGUCAUGAGUCGUUAUUCCACAUGACGGGGGGACCGUGCGGGAUCUGGGGACUCCGCCUGUCCAUGCAAUGGGUGACUUGAAGUGUUGCUGGGAUAUAUUUAACCAAUCUCCAUUCCAAAUCCCUUUCCGGGCAGCUUUCAUCUCCACUGACAUGGGAUUUUCAAAUAACUUGGGAGAUGAUUUGGAGUGAGGAAAUAACAAUGGGCUCCCAAUUGCCCCUUCCUGAAGUGGCUUUUCUUGCUAUACACAAAGGAUGAUUGGUGUGUGUUUGUGUAUUAAGAACAGGAUUUCACAACAUACUCAUGUGAAGUGCAUUAAUUGUGUGCAACCACAGUGACAUGGGGUCAGAAUGAAUCAACUGCAGAAUCAUUCCUUCACUACCAGAAAUGCACAGAAUGAAUGUAAAUAACAUAUACAAUUGAUUAAAGGUAUAGGGACCCCUGACAGUUAAGUCCAGUCGCGAAUGACUCUGGGGUUGCAGCGCUCUUCUCGCUUUACUGGCCGACGGAGCCGACAUUUGUCCGCAGACAGUUUUUCUGGGUCAUGUGGCCAGCAUGAAUAAGCCGCUUCGGGUGAAACCAGAGCAGCACACGGAAACGCCGUUUACCUUCCCGCCAGAGCGGUACCUAUUUAUCUACUUGCACUUUGACGUGCUUUCGAACUGCUAGGUGGGCAUGAGCUAGGACCAAACAACCGGAGCUCACCCCAUCGCGGGGAUUCGAACCGCCGACCUUCUGAUUGGCAAGUGGUUUAGACCACAGGGCCACCUGUGUCCUUAGGGAAUAAAUAAUACACAGACACAUCAUCAUCAUCAUCAUUUAUUAACAUGUAAUUUGGAUUUUUAAAAUUCCUGCUAUUAUAUUCUUUUUUCUUUUUUAAAAAAAGCAUGUUUGAAAAUUAAAUCUGACCUUUUAUAUAUAUCCUUCAUAAAAAUGAAUGAAUAGCCAUCUUUUGAAAUGCUGUUUUCAAGAAAGAAUUGUGGGGCACAUCACCACAGCUGUUAUCCUCCAAUCUAUCUUAUUGACCUUUUAAUCCUGUUUGAUGCCCGGAAAUUAACUGAUCACUGCAAUUUGCUCAGUUAGUACUCCAGUUAUCAAACAAUAUGGUUACCUUAAGCAAUUAGUGUGUGCUUCAUUUUAAGAAAUAUUUAAAUAAGUAACUAGAUCUUUAAAUAAUUUGAUAAAUGAUUUCAGAUUCCUUUCUUGAUGAUUUAAAUCAAUCCGCCCUAGACAUACCUUGACUUUUAAAAAAAAAUCUACAUCUGGGCAGAAAGGCUUCUAAAAUUAUAUAUUAGCAGAGCGAUCUUAGACAUGUCUAUUCAGAAGUAAGUCCGAAGCUCCAUGGGACUUUACUCCCAGGUAAAUCAGGCACAGGAUUGCAGCCUGAAGGAAGUAUACUCAUGCUUGAAAUCCCAGAGAGCUUAAUUCAGCCAUUGUAGACUGUAUUAAUCCCGGCCAGCCAAUGGCCUGUCUCAGUAUAAAGCAGUUUCCUUUGUUCUUACGUUUUGUGAUGUUGAGUAAGCCAUGAAAUGGAGGUAAUAGUGCAUAAAUAUAUUACAAUGCAUAAAUGUUAAUAAAACCAAGUUCCUUAUCUUCUGAUGAUUUUUUUCUUUUUAUAGAUACCUCUGGUCUCUAAAUGUUUUUCACACCGUAACUGAAAUAGACCUGUUCGAUGGAGCCAGAUUCCUCUCCAACUGUAAGAGCCAGUAAAUGUACUUGAAAUGAUUAUGCUACGAAUGCCUGCUUUGCCUUGCCUUUCAGUUAGUUGGACUCCUCGAAAAUGUCCUUUGGUUAUAGAAACCUACAGGAGCACCUCCCUCAGUGGGGUGAGCCUCAGCUAUGUCCUCCUGGCAGCAGUGUCACUGCUACUUUGCUAAGAGGGAGAGGACAAGGCCAUGGCUGCGUGGCUGCUCUGGUUUUUCUACCAGAGUAGCUCAAUUGGUGCGUCAAGAAUCCCCAACCUCACCUGCCACCUUUCCCCUCCCCUUCCAUGUACAUAGCAGUGAUGCUUCUGCCGGGAGGCUAUUGCUGCCUGUAGGCUUAGGUAUAUUAGGAAACUCAUUUAACAAACCACAGACGCAGAUCCAGUGACGUUAAUGGACACAGCUCAUUUAGGUUCAUUAAUUUCCAUGGACUUAGUUGCAUACGAGCUCAAUUCACUGUAUCAGGCAUAGGCAAACUCUGGCCCUCCAGAUGUUUGGGACUACAACUCCCACCAUCCCUAGCUAACAGGACCAGUGGUCAGGGAUGAUGGGAAUUGUAGCCCCAAACAUCUGGAGGGCCGGAGUUUGCCUAUGCCUGCACUAUAUUGUCUAGCACAAAACACAGCCUCUUGUUCAUUUUUCCUGCAUGAUGGAAUGCUGUCUGAAGUGCUGGUGAAAGGUGCCUGAAGCAGAGCCCCAAUGUCACUCUGCUAGGGCACAAUAGGUUAAAAGCCUUGCAGCACCAUUCAGGCUCCCAGAUCCUGCCUUCAUCAUUUCUGGUGCUGCCUGAAAGCUGCUCUGUCCUGCUGCGUGGCAGGAAUCUGGUUGUCUGGAAUCUAUGCAAGUAGAUUGUUCAGGAUACUUAUUUUUUUUUUUUGUUUACCCCAUACAUCAGAACUCUAGAUUAGAGUAACUUAAACUUUUUAAAGUUUUGGUUCUCCCCUCCCCCCCCAAAGGCAGAUGGUGACAGGCUGCUAAUUUGUAAAGUGUCUUCACCCUUAGAUCAGUCAGUAGAGCAUGAGACUCUUAAUCUCCAGGUUGUGGGUUUGAGCUCUACGUUGGGUGAAAGAUUUCUGCAUUGCAGGGAAUUGGACUAGGACGGUGAUCAUUGUCGCCCCUUACACUCUACAAUUCUAUGAUUCUAUGUGACCAUAAACCCAGCAGCAGCAGCAGCAGCAGCAACAACAACAACAACAACAACAACAACAACAACAACAACAACAACAACAACUGGAGACUAAGAUACAUUAACUAAACAGUACUUUAUGGGAAUUUCAUAGUUUACUUAUUCUUUGAGCAAAGACGAGUGGAGAAUCCACACGGUGCUUAUUAGCUUGGCUGGAGAGCCUGUGCAAGCCACACAGCCGGCUUUGCAUUGUUCUGAGGAAUGCUUCUUUCCUCUCCAGUUGUCAUUCUGCAGAAAAUUCCAAGUAAAAAGGCACUUUUCCCCAUGCUCCCCCUCCCCAGAACACUUCCUGCCCUUGGGCUAUAAACCUACAGAAUCUGCUCACACAGCUGGCUUUCACCUGCAAAGAGUUGUGGGUCUAUUUUUGUAUUUCUCUGUGUGGUAUUUAAGAGGCCUGACAAAUACCUGUCUCCUUUGCCUACCAAGCUUUCAGAAAAUCUUGCACAAAGGUCCCGUUCAAGAAAAUGCAUUCAAGGGCCAAGCUACUCAGUUAAGAGUCUUGCGUAGUGUGUCUGUUAUUCAACACAGUGUUUUAUGGCACUGAUUCUCAAACAGUGGAGGUGGGCCUCAGUGCCACAACCUGCCCUGUCUCUCAUCAUUUGCCUGCCCUGUUAUCUGGCCAUGCUGUAGCCUUUCGUUUGUGCUGUCAGCAGAAGGUCCUUGCAUUCUGAGCAGAAGUGGCUGGGAGACAGAUGUUUGGUGGGUGGAGGGAGGGAAGGAAGGAAGGAAGGUCUCCCUUCUCUGAGGGGAAAGGGCCAAAAGAGAUGUUGAAGGGAAUUGGAAAGCGAGAUGAAGGGUUAAAAUUUUAUUAUUAAUAAUAAAUAAACUGGAAAUACUACUACUACUACUACUAAUUUAUUAUUUGUACCCCACCCAUCUGGCUGGGUUUCCCCAGCCACUCUGGGCGGCUUCCAACAAAGACAAAAAAUACACUAAAACAUCACGCAUUAAAAACUUCACUGAACAGGGCUGCCUUCAGAACGCUGGGGGUGGCGACGCUCUUUCAGGUAUACUGGGCCGAGGCUGUUUAGGACUUUAAAGGUCAACGCUAACACUUUGAAUUGUGGUUGGAAACGUACUGGGGGCCAAUGUAGGUCUUUCAAGAAAAAGAAGGGGGUGAGAGGGAAAAGAGGUUACAGGAAAAGUGAAUGUAGAAUGACCAGGAAACAGAGAUGAAAGAAACUGGGAGUUUGGAGGAGAGAAAAAGGUACAAGCCAGUGUGGCAUAAUGGUUAGAGUGUUGGACUAGGACUUGGGAGAGCAGGGUUUGAAUCUCCACGCAGCCGUGAAGCUCACUGGGUGACCUUGGGCCAGUCAACAUUUCUUCACCUCACAGGGAUGUUGUGAGGAUGAAAUGGGGAGGAGGAGAACCAUGUACACCACCUUGAGCUCCUUGGAAGAUAAAGUUGGCAUAUAAAUGUGAUAGAUAGAUAGAUAGAUAGAUAGAUAGAUAGAUAGAUAGAUAGAAAGAAAUGUGAUAAAUAUAAAUAAAUAAAUAAAUAAAUAAAUAAAUAAGUAGUGAAAAUAGGAUUGGAGAAGAAAUUACAGGAGAUGAGUAAAAAUACAUUGAGAGUCAUGCUUGGGUUGGAAGGAAAAUAUACGUUUUUUAAAGCAUAUCUAGAGCCUCUAGAUCAGUAAAUUCUCCUUAAAAUUGGGAGGCUGAAAUGCAGUCUUUUAGAACAAACAACUGUUUUCAGCUUCCGGAAAGCUGAGCAAUGCGAGUCCCUGCCACAAGGAAAACACUGUGGCAAAGAAUGCAGUGAUAUCAACAGAACAUGAUGUCUGCUGCCUUUAUCUGCCACUAUUUUGUGGCAGACUCUGCCACUGCACCACCAUUUUGUCACCAGUGAGCCUCAGUAAUUUUCAACCCAUCUCAAGCCAAUCCUAGGGGAAGACAAUUUUAAAGCACGUUUUAUGGGAAAGAUGAACCCUAAUGCCAGUUUUUCAUUUUGUUGUUCCUGAGUGCUCCCCAUGUUUUACUGGAAAGACUAAAGGUUGUCUUCGGUGCUGUGCAAGCAGUAUUCCACUUGAGCAACAGGACUUCUUCUUCUUCUCUUCUCCCUUCAUGCCCCUGAAAUUGCUCUUGAGGGUCCUCUAGCCUUCAUCAGCAGAUUUGGAGGGUGUGGGACUGCAGGCGGAAGGAGGGAGAAGUUCCACUGCAUAAGAAGAAAUCUGUUGGACAAGUGGAACAGCAGUGUUGGAUACGACACACGACUGUGCUACGUGUGCCUUAAAUUGGGUUUUAUUACGUAGAAAAAUAUGCCUCCUCAAGUCAACAGAAUUCUUAAAGCGACUGCUAUUCUAGCAGUGAAAGCUGUACAUAUGAUACUUGUUUACUUACAUUCUGAUUUCUGUUCUGCCUUAGCUAAAUAUUUCAUGGCUUUUUUUUUGUUUUAGAGUUCGUUUUAAUCCUUUAAUUCAGAAAAAAACUUUUUCUUAUGAAUAUAUAUAUAUUGCAUAACAUAAUUUCUCAUGUUUUUGAAUUAGCCAUUAGCAAAAACAAAGAACAAAACUUGGGGAGACCAUUUAAAUGUGGCUCUCUGACAACGUAUUCCGACAACAUUUCCUUAUUAAGGCGAAAGAUGUACUCACGGCAAAGCAUGGCAUCAGUCACAGGAAUUAAUGGUAAUAAUUAAAUAGAUACUUACAAGAUACUUAAACAUAAAAAAUAAUAGGACGCUUUCUUGCUUCAAGCUUGGAAAUGUAGUUAUGAUUGUUAAGGUGCUUGCAUUUGCACAGACUGAAUCUUGCACACACAAACAUAUGCAUGUACCUAGGGAUGUCUGAGUAUUUUGACGAAAACAGGAGUAGAAAUUGCUGGUGUUUGCUUAUCAAUCCAGUGAAUACAAUUGCUAUUCACUGUUGUUGCUUUGAGUCCACGAUUGAUAUGUAAUUGAUUAGGUUUCUCCCCCCACACACAUUUGCAUCAAAAUGAAUGGGGUGGAGUAAGGCAAUGGCCACAUAAUUCACAUUAUUGAUUUUGUAAACCGUGUAAAUUAUAUAAUUUUAUCACAGCAGGCAGCAAGACAGUGUUUUGGGUGGAGGAUAAACUGGGGCAGAACAGAAUAGUUCAGUUGGUUUAGAGCAGGCUUCCUCAACCUCAGCCCUCCAGAUGUGUUUGGCCUACAACUCUCAUGAUCCCUAGCUAGCAGGACCAGUGGUCAGGGAUGAUGGGAAUUGUAGUCUCAAAACAUCUGGAGGGCCGAGGUUGAGGAAGCCUGGUUUAGAGCGUGGCGCUCAUAACGCCAAGGCUGCAGGUUCGAUCCCCGUAAGGGCAGCUGCAUACUCCCUUCCAACUCAUAUGAUUCUAUGCUCAAGAAACAGUGUUGCAUAUUCCCCCUUCCACCUUUAUAAACAGCCCUUCAGCUAUGUGAGGGUGAUUCAGGGAAGUUGAAGAAUAGGAAUAAAGUCCUAAAAACAAUAUAGGUAAAGGUAAUGGUAUCCCCUGACCAUAAGGUCCAGUCACAGAUGACUCUGGGGUUGCGGUGCUCAUCUCGCUUUACAGGCCAAGGGAGCCGGCGUACAGCUUCCGGGUCAUGUGGCCAGCAUGACUAAGCCGGUUCUGGCAAACCAGAGCAGCGCAUGAAAACGCCGUUUACCUUCCCACCAGAGUGGUACUUAUUUAUCUACUUGCACUUUUGACGUGCUUUCGAACUGUGAGGUUGGCAGGAGCAGGGACCGAGCAACGGGAACUCACCCCGUUACAGGGAUUCGAACCGCCGAUCUUCUGAUUGGCAAGCCCUAGGCUCUGCAUAUUAAAACCUGUGAAAAGAGAAGUCCUCAGUAAUUUCCUUAAAUAGUCACAAAAUCAACCAAAUACUACACUGCAGAUUUAUAAAACACAUUGAUAAUAUAUAUUUGCUGUUAGGUGUGCAGUUGCUUUUUAAAUACAUCCUAACAUUUGCUUUUCUAUAUUAUUAUUAUGCCUGAAUACUGGAUUGGUGCUCUCAGGGAAGAAUCGCUCCAGUUUAUCAUCAGCAUCUGGUAAUCAUUUAUUUUAUUUUUUCAUAUUGUUAGAAUUUCUACCAGAAUUGUUUUUAUAUAAACACUUUCAAAAUAUUAAAGUGCUCAUCAAGCCCUGGAAGCUUCAACAGAAGCUUCAGAAAGAAAACUUGAAAACAUGAUCUACUUUGUAUAUUAUAAUACAGGCAAUGUAAUCCAUCUUAUCCCCUGGCAGGAAUCUAUGUUCCAAGCAGCUGGAGCCACAUAUAUUUAAAGCCAUAUUGGCUUGUGAGUUGCGUGGUUACCCCUGCUGCCAUACUCUACCUUUCUCUUAGAUCAGUCUGUAGCAAUAUAAUCAUCCUGCCACAAAAUAAAUCAACCGGCUUCUCCAGACUGGUGGUAUAAAAUAUUACAGGAUUUCAGGCAGGAAGCUGAUUAGAAAUGAAGCUGUGUAAAAGCCCACAGCCUUUGCAGGUGCAAACAGUAUUUAAAGCAGAAUCACAUGUGACUUCCCCGAUAGCAGCACAAGCACAAAUCAUCAGGAAUGCACAAUAAAAAUGAUGUCUGCAGAGUCCCGAAGACUACACUGGAUUUAUACAAUGCCUUUUCAGGGGGAAAAUACUUCUUGUUAUAUUUAGUAUUGCUCUCCUAAUAAAUCUUAUCAUCCCCCCCCUUUUUUUUAACUGUGCCUGACUACUGAAUUGGUGUUCUCAGUGAAGAAAGACUCACAUUUGCCAGCUACACAGGAAUCUGGCAGUUAGUUUUUCUUAACCGUGAUUAUUGUUUUCCAUCUCAAAAAGGUUGCAUUUGAAGGCCUUAAAAUGUUCAACAGAAGCUGCAGAAAGGAAACCUGAGAAUAUGAUGCACUUUGUACAUUGCGGGGAACGCAGUGCCAUCUCAGCACAUGGCAGGAAUCCUUUUGCCAAGCAAAUGAACCAUCUCUUCCCACCCCCCAAUGUGGCAUGCCUGCCAUUAGCCAGAGUACUGCCUGGGAGAUGCAGUGCCAUAUGGCUAGCAAUUCUUGGAAACUUCAACCCCCCUGCUGUCUUCUGAGCUUCUCUAGGCCCUGGCCAUUUCAAUGAAUAAGGCAGCUUAGUUUUCUGUGGUUUACUGGGCCUGGAUUAUUUCUCGGAAGGAAUACCUAGAGACAGGUAACUCUCAAGUCAACCACCAUACAGAGGCUGCAGUCGCACCCUGCAUUGGUUGCGCAGAAAAAUAAAUCCUACAGAACUAGAUAAACUCCACCUUCACCUAGCGAUAAGGAAUGACACAAGGCUGAUGUUUGCUGAGCACUCUUGGGUCAAGAUUAGAUUUGGCCCCAGAAUCCUAAUCUGCCCGGGAGUAUUUCUCAUAGUGCACAAGUAUGGCUUCCUAGAGCAUGAUCAGUAGAGGGGCUACGGAGUGUCUUGCCUAGAUUAUCAUGCCCAGGCUCACUGCCUCCCCAGCAAUGGUAUAGGAGUCCUUUCUCCGCAUGGAGCAGCUUCCUUGGGCCAGUAACCUUCACCAAUAACCUUCCAAAGGAUAGUCAGGAGGUCCACCCUCCACCUUCAUGUGACAUUCAAAGAUCAUUAAGUUUGCUUCUUAAGAACCCUGCAAUGGAUCAUGCAAUGAGUACUACAAAGCUUUUUCCUCCCACCAUGUUCUAGAGAUACUGCUCCUUUCAAUGUCUUUGCUCUCUAUUCUGCAACCCUAUUGACGGACAACUUAAAGUUGGACUUACCGUGAUUUAGGUAUGGGGGAGAAAUUCAAUUUAGUUUGCAUUUAAAGGUGAACCUACAUAGUUCGCACUUUCCCAAGCAAUAUGCAAACUGAAACAUUUCCUUAAAAAAAUUGCACCUUUCUGAAUUUUUCAGGGCCAAAGAAUGUGUAUCCCCCUACCUGUUUUAAGUCUUAUGUGUUCAGUUUUUCCGUAUGUUUUAUCUUAUGCUGGUUUCUGACAGAAAUAAAAUUUGAUACUGUUUAUGAAAAUGCAUAUACUAGGGUCAAGUUUGCAUUGAAACACACCUAUAGGUGCAAAUAACCUAUAAAAACGCAUUAUAGUAAGGAAAUGUGUUUUAGAAAAAUCAUGUGUAUUAGGCAAUAUUGCAUACAAAAGUUUGUAUAAAGAGAAAUUCACACUAAAGCGCUGAUGAAUUUUCAUGAGGAUUUGUAAAAACAACAACAACCCUUGAGAUUGAAAAAUGAGAAAUAGAUAAACUUGACAGAUUCACCAUGGCUACUGUAAAGUACUCUUCUAGUAAGCAAGGAGUGAAUCAGACUAGCUCACACACACAAUAGGAGAACAACCAGAUCAUUGAGAGUGGUUUGCAUGUUUCCGCUGCACAAUUUACCAUGGUAGUUUCUUAGUUAAGGACGCUGCUGUAGUCUAACUUUCCCUAAACAAUAGUUUUUUGUUUAUAAGAGAUAUUAUAUGAAUUAAGCUAGAGUCCGUUUGAAAAUUGGUGAUGGUUAAACUAAUGUAAAAAUACAGAAGAGCGAAUGCUGACUACAGUAACCCCUCCCCUCCCUGUUCCUUAGGCAGUGAAAAAUUAAAGAAAACUGUGGCAAAAAGAUCAAGUUCAUUUACAGGCUGGAAUGCAUGAAGAAGAAAUCAGCUUUCAACAGGAUCAUGGUGGCCUGGUACAUGGCAAGGUAUCAAGUGAUGUUUUUGACACUGGAGCUUAAAAUAUGCUAUAUUUUAAAACUGGCAAUCUUUAAAAUGUAUUCCGUUCCUUAGUAAAGGGCUUUAUUAAAAUAUG